AGAAGAAGAAUGUCGGAAGUAGCUCUACCACUGUGCUGUCUGGAUUCUACCUGGAGUGAACGUCAGUGAGUUGUCACUGUUCCACUGGAGCAGCAGGACGGACUGGGCCGUGGUGAACCUUUGAGUCUGAGGUUUGAGGGAAAUGCCCUUGGUUCCUGCAAACCAGGCCCAGCUGAUCCGGUCCAGUCAGAAGGAUGAAUACUACCGGAGUGUCCUGAGGAACAGCGCUAACGAAGCCUGUCAGACAGUCGCAGGAUCCAAACACUGGCUGGACUGGAGGAGGGAGAUAGAGCUGCUUUCAGAUUUAGCUUACUAUGGUUUAACAACCCUCUCAGGUUAUCAGACUCUGGGAGAGGAGUACGUCGGCAUCGUGCAGGUGGACCCCACCGAACGGCAGGUCCCCUCUUGGGGUAGACGCUGCCUGUUUGUUCUCUGCCAUGCCUUCGUUCCGUACUUCCUUGAGAAAGCUCUGGUGUGUCUGGAGAACGAGCUGGAGGGCGUGCAGGAGGUGCGCAGCGGCGGUGCCAGAAGACACCAGGUGGCCUCGGGGUGGUGGAGCUUGGAGCGGUGGCUCAGGAGAGGAGUGCAAAGAGCGGCGGGGCAGCUGACGGAGCAGCAGAGGAGAGCGUGCCAGCCGGCUGUCUUUGUGAUUCAGCAGAGCAUCGCCCUGCUGCACCGACUCCACGUGGCUCUGUUUUACACCAGCAGCUCUUUUUAUCACAUGUCCAAGAGAGCAGCUGGAGUCAGCUACCUGUGUGUGACGGGGCCAGACAGGGAUGACCCCACCAUCAGGAGCAGCUACAGAUUGCUGGGGACCAUAUCCUUCCUCCAGCUGCUCAUCACUGUGUGCAUGCAGCUCAACAACUUCAAACAGCGACAGAGAGCCAGGCAGGAGUGGAAACUCUACAGGAACCUCAGUCCUCAGCACGCAGCGAGCUCGAACCCCCUGGCUGCCCUCUGCAUCCUCUGCCUUGAAGCCCGGAGGCAUUCCACCUCCACCCCCUGUGGGCAUCUGUUCUGCUGGGAGUGCAUCACAGAGUGGUGCCGCACCAAGGCUGAGUGUCCGUUGUGUCGGGAGAAGAUCCAGCCUUACAGACUUGUCUUCUUGAGGAACUACAGCUAGAACAAGGACAGAUGGACUGUAGCACAUCCUAUUGUACAUUUUCAGUCUCAAGAAAAAAGAAAAAUCCUUCUGAACUUUGUAACUAAAUCUCGCAGCCUGCUGUGUUUUACCAUCUUUUCCUAAAGAGAGUGGAAUUUAAAGAUCAGAUUUGGAUUGAAUCAAUCCAGCCAUGUAAAUGUUAAUAAAUAUAUGGGAACUACUGUGCCACAAGUGCCACCUCAUAUUUUUAACUUGUACAUAUAAGAUAAUGUAUUAUCAAAUAGAGACUUGUGCUUUUCAGCUCUGUCUUCACAUUGAAAUCAUUCAGUUGUGGUCUAUAUAAAAUGAAACUGCAAUGC